GCUUCUCAGGCAGCUCACGAACAUGCUCUUUCUUCUUGUACGGCAACACGUAUCCCCUGGAUAACGGCUUCGUAUUUAGGAUCUCUCCGAUUGACAACCACUUGUAAAUCUCGAGCGUCGUCAAGCUGAUCGCGCCAACUCAAAACUGCGCGGCACACACUUUCACCUCUUCGACCUUCGGGCCUUCAGAGUCACGACCAAAUUGUACAUCGCCCCUGGCUGGCUUUCAGUGAACCCUUUUGUUUUCCUCGGCUACUCCCUCAAUAUUUUAAUCUGUAAGGUGAGAAAUAAAAGUGGCCUUUGACUUGGCGUCCGAUUGAGCGCUAUAUGUCCGCCAGCUUGCAUCGUGUUCUGAACGAGGCAGGAACUACUAGGCCCGAUAACACAAGAUCGCCUAUUCCCUCCCAGGCUGCUCUCUCGUUUCUUGACUGCCGUACGCCAUGUCGUUUCCAACUGGAAAUGUAGCAAUCUUUUGGGAUUAUGAAAAUUGUGAACUGCCUUUCCACGCUGACGGUUAUAGUGUGGCGGGAGGCAUUCGCGACAUUGCCCACAAGUACGGUACUGUCAAGGCCUUCAAAGCGUACCUUGAGACCUCAGAGCAGACUUCUGCAAAGUCAUUGGGUAUUCGGUCUGAACUGAUAUCAUGUGGAGUAUCGAUCAUCGACUGUCCGCAUAAUGGACGGAAGAAUGUAGCGGAUAAAAUGCUCAUAGUCGAUAUGUUAGCCUACGCUAUGGACAACCCUGCUCCUGCUACCAUCAUCCUCAUUUCAGGGGACGGUGACUUCGUCCCUGCAGUAUCACUGCUACGUCUUCGUCGUUAUCAUGUAGUUAUCAUCGCUCCCACUCAGAACAACAUGCACCUCAGCAUGAAACACCAAGCAUCCGAAGUGUAUGACUGGUGUUCGGACAUCCUUCCCCCAUCCGCACGGCCCUCCGAGUUCCCCUCACACACACGAGGUGGCAGUGGGACGUCGCGCGCUUCCAACACCCCCUCCACCAUCAACGCCGCCCGUUCCCUUCGAUCCACUGCUGCGCCCUUCUUCCCAACCUCCCCAACGCUCACAAGAGGUGACAGAGGGAGCAGGUCUCAAGCACGACCCUCUCCGGAGCCUGAUCAGGAAGAAGGUCCAGACCGUCCUGUUAGGAUCUUUGACGCUGUUGCCGCCGGUUUGGCCUUCGAUUCAUUUUAUGCAAAUAUUUCCGCGCCAUGCACACCUCAAGGGACAUCGAGUGAACUGAGGCCUGACCAGUCAAGCAACGCGGCUCAAGGUUCCUUACCUACCCCACCGGCCGAUUCGCCAUCACAGUCUAAUGAGUCUUUAACUCCGCCGCCUUCAUAUCAAGGGGGUGCUGCCUCCUCGACUGAUACCCCGGCACCCACACCGCUCAGGAACCUACCAGACCCCUUUACUGAGCUGUCUACUACUCCAACCGAAGGCAUCCCAUACAGAGUCUCCACAUCAUCUCAUCUCCUGUCAACUACUUCAUCCGUCGCGGGUGGGCGAGCAAACUUCGUAAACACGGAACACCGUCGUAGCGGAAGCUCCUCCAUCACUAGCACCACCGUGGCGACGACUGCUAUGUACCGCCUCAAAGAUCCUCCACCCAAAUUCGAGCCUUUGGUAAAGGUCAUGGAGAAAUUGCGGUUGCAAGGUACCACGCGGAUCACAUCAUCCCAGUUGGGCGAGGACUUCAAACCUUCGGCGUAUGCAUCCGGUGAAAUCACGACGUUAAAGAAGUAUACGGACGCGGCUGAGAGUGCCGGGGUUGUUAUCAUUGGAGAAGGACAGCAUGGGAAUCGCUGGAUCGCGUUGCACCCUUCAUACCACGGGAAGAGUCGGAAGUCGUCUGGUUCGUAGGUGCUCACGGGUAUGGAUUGACAGGUUCUGGAACUAUUUCUUUUUCCUGGAGGUCUCAUUUUUCUAGUCAAGCGCGUUGUAAUGAAGAGAGAUAUGAGAGGAAUCACAAGCUCAUCGACCUCUUCGCAGGUUUACCGCAUACGACGAAACCGAAUAGCUCAGGAAGGGUGGAGUUUGCAUCUCUUGAUCCAUAACGUACAACAGAUGCUCACGGGCUCAGUGAGCGUUUACAAGAAAGUUCUUACCCCACAACAUGUUAGCAAUGAGGCAGUGAGGCAGUUGAUGCUAACAAUCUGUCCC